AGCCCAUUCCCUUCCAUCCACUGACAGUCUCACCCGACUGUCUCCUUCAUUCUCCACUCCUCCGAUUCCUAUUCCUAUUCUUAUACAUAACAUUUUCUUUUUUCUUUCUUGUUGAUUUUUGAUACUUUCAAGCUCUGCAACAAUGGGGUUGCCCUAUGUCGUCUGCCUCUGCGCCGCCGUCUUUCUUCUCCACUCAUCUCUCUUCCCGGUAUCUGCCAAGAAAACUUACAUUGUCCAAAUGAACCACCAACAGAAGCCGCCAUCCUACGCCACACACGGCCAAUGGUACUCCGACCACUUGCAGACGCUCACUUCCGCCGCCCCCGAGUCCAUCCUAUACACCUAUGGUUCGGCCUACAAUGGCUUUGCUGCCGCUUUGUCCGAUGAGGAGGUUGAGUCCCUCCGCCAAUCUGACUCCGUGCUCGAUGUAUACGAGGACCCAGUCUACACCCUUCACACCACCCGCACUCCUGAGUUUCUGGGCCUUGAUACCGAGCUUGCCCCGUCGGUCGGGCACAGCCUGCAAGAACUGAAUCAGGCCUCUCAGGAGGUGAUAAUUGGGGUUUUGGACACCGGGGUCUGGCCUGAAUCUAAGUCUUUCAGCGAUAAGGACAUGGCUGAUGUGCCUGCCCGGUGGCAAGGCGAGUGUGAGGCUGCCGAUGAUUUCGAUCCCAAAAUUCAUUGCAACAAGAAGUUAAUAGGUGCCCGAUUCUUCUCCAGGGGAUACAACAUGGCAUCCGGGUCGAAUGAGUCCGAAUCCCCACGCGAUAGCGAUGGACACGGCACGCAUACGGCGAGCACUGCCGCGGGGGCUCAAGUGGAGAACGCCAGCCUCUUAGGCUACGCCAGUGGGAAUGCCCGAGGAAUGGCAACCCAUGCCCGAUUGGCAACUUACAGAGUUUGCUGGAAAUCCGGCUGUCUUGGGUCCGAUAUACUAGCGGCAAUGGAUCGUGCAAUUCAAGAUGGUGUCGAUGUCUUGUCCCUAUCUCUGGGUGGUGGAUCUGCCCCUUAUGCUCGUGAUCCCAUCGCUGUCGGAGCUUAUGGCGGACCUGCUAAAUCUUCACUCGCAAAUGUCGCUCCAUGGAUAAUGACUGUUGGUGCUGGCACAAUCGACAGAGACUUCCCUGCCUUCGCUACUCUCGGCAAUGGCCAGAAAUAUGCUGGGGUCUCGUUGUACAGUGGAGCAGGCAUGGGGAGCAGGUCAGUGGAAUUGGUAUACAAUCAAGGCGGCAACAGUUCUAGCAAUUUAUGCUUAGCCGGUUCGCUUGAUCCCGCCAUUGUGCGUGGAAAAGUUGUAUUGUGUGACAGAGGGAUCAGCGCGAGGGUGGAGAAGGGUGCGGUGGUGAGGGACGCUGGUGGGGUAGGGAUGAUUUUGGCGAACACGGCCGCCAGCGGCGAGGAAUUGGUAGCGGACAGCCACCUGUUGCCUGCGGUGGCCGUAGGGAGAAAAGUAGGUGACAUGAUAAGGCAGUACGUGAAGACGACCCAGAACCCGACGGCAGUAUUGAGCUUCGGAGGGACGGUGGUGAACGUGAAGCCGUCGCCGGUGGUGGCGGCGUUCAGCUCGAGAGGGCCGAACACGGUGACGCCACAGAUCUUGAAGCCGGACGUGAUCGGGCCAGGUGUGAAUAUCUUGGCAGCAUGGUCGCAGGAUGUGGGGCCCACUGGCCUCGAGAAGGACACCCGCAAGACUCAGUUCAAUAUCAUGUCAGGUACAUCAAUGUCCUGCCCACAUAUUAGUGGUUUAGCAGCUUUGUUGAAGGCAGCACAUCCGGAGUGGAGCCCGAGCGCAAUCAAGUCAGCAUUGAUGACAACGGCCUACACGCUCGAUAACACCAACUCGCCUCUUAAGGACGCUGCUGACUACUCGAUUUCGACCCCGUGGGCUCAUGGAGCAGGCCAUGUUGAUCCCCAGAAAGCACUCUCUCCUGGACUUGUAUAUGAUGCCAAGCCUGAAGAUUACAUCGCUUUCCUUUGCUCUUUGGACUACACCAUGGAGAUGAUACAGGCUAUCGUGAAGCACCCAAACGUCACUUGUGCUGCAAAAUUCCGUGAUCCUGGCCAGCUCAACUAUCCGUCGUUCUCUGUGGUGUUUGGGAAGUCUAGGGUUGUGCGGUACACCCGAAGGCUGACCAACGUGGGUGCUGCAGGAUCCGUUUACCGAGUUUCUGUGGAAGCACCCCCUAAUGUGGUGGUGAGCGUGAAACCCUCAAACCUUGUUUUCAGAAAUGUUGGGGAUAGGCAACGGUAUACAGUUACUUUUGUCUCACAAAAGGGCGUAGAUCCAUUGCAUAAUGGAUUUGGCUCCAUCACUUGGAAGAAUGAGCAACAUCAAGUGAGAAGCCCCGUCGCGUUCUCGUGGAGUAGGCAGUAACCAACCAAUGCACUGUUAGGCUUCAACUUUCUGAACUUCAGUCAUUACAGGUAGUGACCAAAUGACUAUUUGCAAUGUUUGACAGUGUUUUAUACAAGUGUGGUGAGAAAAGUAGAGGACUAUAUGUCCUCAAAGAAUGGUGUCUGUGUGUUAGUGAUGUUAAUGUAGUGGAACUAGGCAUGUGGCAUGCCAGAACUGGCCUGCUGUUUUAUUUAAUGGGAGUUUAACUACAUUUCUGCCCAAA